AUGGCCGCAGACACACUCAGAUUAACGGGUUCUGCUUCCACAGUCAGCAAUCUAAAUGGGUCUCAUCGAAAGCCUCUGCUUUUCCCUGCUCGCUUUCUGGUUCUUCGCCCUCGGGCUUCUUCUUCUUCUUCUUCCUCUCCGAUUUCCUCUUCGUUUUCUCAGUUCUUGGGAAGCGUCCGUAUGGGCUUCAGUUCUUCCAAACUCUCCACUUCACGCCGCCAAAAAAACAUGAGAAAACAAUUCUCUGUUUCUGCAAUGGCCGCUGAUGAAUCAAAGCGUGUAGUACCGUUGAAAGAUUAUCGCAAUAUUGGAAUUAUGGCCCACAUAGAUGCAGGAAAGACUACAACAACCGAAAGAGUUCUAUACUAUACAGGAAGAAACUACAAAAUCGGAGAGGUGCAUGAGGGAACAGCUACAAUGGAUUGGAUGGAACAAGAGCAGGAAAGAGGGAUCACCAUUACUUCAGCUGCAACUACUACGUAUUGGAAUAAACACCGGAUUAAUAUCAUUGACACUCCAGGCCAUGUCGACUUCACACUGGAGGUGGAACGAGCUCUUAGGGUUUUAGAUGGUGCUAUAUGCUUGUUUGACAGUGUUGCUGGUGUGGAACCACAAUCUGAAACUGUAUGGAGACAAGCUGACAAAUAUGGCGUACCCAGAAUUUGCUUUGUCAAUAAGAUGGAUCGUUUGGGAGCCAAUUUUUUUCGAACUAGGGACAUGAUAGUGACAAACUUGGGUGCUAAACCACUCGUAAUUCAGUUGCCGAUUGGUUCUGAAGAUAAUUUUCAAGGGGUUGUUGAUCUUGUGAGCAUGAAAGCAGUGGUUUGGUCAGGAGAAGAAUUGGGUGCAAAGUUUGCUUAUGAGGAUAUUCCAGCUGAUCUUCAGGAGCUGGCUCAGGAAUAUCGCUCACAGAUGAUAGAAACCAUAGUUGAGUUAGAUGAUCAAGCUAUGGAGAGCUAUUUAGAAGGAGAAGAGCCAGAUGAGGAAACGAUUAAGAAACUAAUUAGGAAAGGAACCAUUUCGAGUAGUUUUGUGCCAGUACUAUGUGGCUCAGCGUUCAAAAACAAGGGAGUUCAACCAUUACUUGAUGCUGUUGUGGAUUAUCUGCCUUCACCACUUGACUUGCCAUCAAUGAAAGGAACUGAUCCUGAGAAUCCUGAAGUAACAAUUGAAAGGGAAGCAAACGAUGAUGAACCAUUUGCUGGACUAGCUUUCAAGAUCAUGAGCGACUCAUUUGUGGGAUCCCUCACAUUUGUGAGAGUGUAUGCAGGAAAGCUUAUUGCAGGAUCUUAUGUACUGAAUGCUAAUAAAGGAAAGAAAGAGAGAAUAGGUAGACUUCUGGAAAUGCAUGCGAACAGUAGAGAAGAUGUUAAGGUAGCUUUAACAGGUGAUAUCAUUGCUCUUGCGGGUCUAAAAGACACUAUUACAGGUGAAACACUCUGUGAUCCUGACAAUCCUAUUUUGCUUGAAAGGAUGGACUUUCCUGAUCCUGUUAUUAAGGUUGCAAUCGAACCUAAGACCAAAGCAGAUGUCGACAAGAUGGCUGCUGGUUUGAUCAAGCUUGCACAAGAAGAUCCUUCUUUCCACUUCUCACGGGAUGAAGAGAUUAAUCAAACUGUGAUUGAAGGAAUGGGAGAAUUGCAUCUUGAGAUUAUUGUUGACAGACUCAAGAGAGAGUUUAAGGUAGAAGCCAAUGUUGGUGCACCCCAAGUAAAUUACCGUGAAAGUAUUUCUAAGGUCUCUGAAGUGAAGUACGUCCACAAGAAACAGUCAGGUGGACAAGGACAGUUCGCUGAUAUAACUGUUCGCUUUGAGCCUUUGGAUGCUGGUAACGGGUAUGAGUUCAAAAGUGAAAUAAAAGGAGGUGCAGUGCCAAAAGAAUACAUUCCUGGGGUGAUGAAAGGAUUGGAGGAGUGUAUGAGUAACGGUGUACUGGCUGGUUUUCCUGUUGUCGACGUACGUGCAGUUCUUGUAGAUGGUUCAUACCACGAUGUUGAUUCUAGUGUUUUGGCAUUUCAACUGGCGGCAAGGGGAGCUUUCAGGGAGGGAAUGAAGAAAGCUGGACCCAAGAUGCUAGAACCAAUCAUGAAGGUUGAGGUUGUGACACCUGAAGAACACUUGGGAGAUGUAAUUGGUGACCUUAACUCAAGGAGAGGUCAGAUCAACAGCUUUGGAGAUAAACCUGGUGGCCUCAAGGUGGUUGAUUCCCUAGUUCCGUUGGCAGAAAUGUUUCAGUAUGUUAGCACUCUUCGGGGAAUGACGAAAGGGCGAGCAUCGUACACGAUGCAAUUGGCAAAGUUUGAUGUCGUCCCUCAACACAUCCAGAAUCAGCUGGCAUCAAAAGAGCAAGAAGUUGCUGCUUAAUUUAGUUGCCUGGAUUCCUGCAACAGGGAGUAUCAUAGUUUUGUUUUUAAUUAAUGUUUUAAGAUGGAUGAAUUCUUUGCCACUGUACCAAUUUUACACAUGACUGCAAUUAGCCUAUGAAAAUAGGGUUAUGUAAGUUGAGGAGAUUUGGGAGUUCCGGUACCAAAAGAUCACGUCCCAAACUUUAAAGAGGAAAAUGGAAUUAUUUUUCUUUUC